AUGGAGGAAAUUGAGUCCACGGUGGAUUAUAAUUAUAUCAGGUCACCACGACUGGGCAGAAUAAUAUCUAAGAUAAACUCAAUAGAGAUGGAGGUUGAUCUUGGUGGAACCACGACAAAUACUACACCUGUAUCCACUGUAACACCCUCCAGAGAGUCAUCUCAACAAACAAAAAAAAUGAAAGAGAAGAAAAAAAAGAGAAGAAAGAAGAAGAAAGAAUCCAAUGGAAGAAUAACAACAGAGGGACAAUCAACCAGAGAAAGCCAUUUAGUAUGGAAAAGUUAUAUUCCGCCAACAAGAAAUCCCUUUGUAAUAACUGAGGAGGAAUAUUAUCCAAAUGAUGUUAAUAUCAAGAAAGACAGAAAACAUGAUAUUAACGAUUCAACAUUAUUAAUUCCUUCCAUGUCUAAUUUAAGAAAAGCGUUAACAAAAGCCGAUAAUUUCGAUCAAGGUAAUGUAUAUACUUUAGAAGAGAGAGCUGGUGAUAUUUGGAGAUUAAACAGACAUUUUAAUAUUUCUCGAGGGACGAUUCCUCGUGGAAAUUCUAUUAAUAAUAAUAGCUAUGUUAAUGGCAGUAGCAAUAGUAAUGUUAGUAUUAACAGUGCAUUUAAUCAUAAUGAGAGAAUAGGUUCCUUUAAUCAUUGUGCUGAUUGUACUCAGGACAGUCAUACUCCUGAAUUGACUCGUCACUUAGAGAUAUUACAUCGUGGAAACAUUGGUAAUAUUUUACAAUUUACCUCAAAGAAAUAUGGAGAAAUGGAUACAUUUCUUAAUAUUUCGAAACCAAACAAUUCUGACAAACCUUGUUGA